AUGGAAAAUUCGUAUCAAAGUACUGCUGAUUCAACUUCAUCACCUGCAAUUAUAAUUCCUCCUCUUGCUGGCCUUUCCUCUGUCAAUCAAACAGAUGACAAUCAAGAAGUGCAGAAUAAUAUUGCCUAUCAAUCACCAGGUAGCGAACCUUCCUCUCCAACCGGUCCUCCUUCCAAAAAGAAACCAAAACUAUUGUGUGGCUGUAUUCGAACUGAUAGAUAUUUGGGUUUUAUUGAACUGAAACCUGGUAUUACGUGGGUUCAUAUUACUUGUUUCUAUAUUUUGGUUGUCAUUUUGCUUAGUAUGUUCGUAUUUAUUAAUGCCAUGUCAAGUUAUGUUUUCGAAGCUUAUCUGAGAGGUACUGUAAAUAGAAAAGAUCAAGGUAAAUUGGCUGGUGACUUGUCGUUUUACAAUGAAUUGUGCAUUUUGGCAUUUGGCUUGAUUUGGGGCGUGCUGACUGAUAUUUUGAGAGGUAGAAAGUUUGUGUACAUGAUUGGUUUCUUAUUUAUGGGAAUUGGAUUGUUCCUCUAUACAUUUGCUGAAACUAUUUGGCAAUUGAUAAUCUACAGAAUUAUUUUUGCUAUUGGUGCUGCCAGUACAAGUAGUAUGUUAACUGCCAUUGUUGGUGACUAUGUCAAGAAUAAGGAUAGAGGUAAAGCAUCUGGUUUGUUGGGAUUGGCAUCUGGUCUUGGUGCUGUUGUCUCUGCUUUGGCUUGUUUAAAGAUUCCAUUAUGGAUUCAAAGUGCUGAUCCAACCAUUUCAACAGGUCAAGCAGGUAUGAUUGCCUUUAUGAUUAUGGCCUUCUUCUGUAUUAUUGCCAUGUGUGCCUUAAUGAUCUUCUUCAAGGGAAGAAUUUUCCCAAUUUGUGACUCUAAACAAGAACGUGAAGCAACCAGAAGAGAAAUGGCUGAAAGUAGUGAUUGUGAAGAAGAGGAUGAUGAAGAAAGAUUCAACAUUAAGAAAUCCUUCAUCAGAUUCAAAAAUAUCAUUUGGGAAGGUUUAUUUGUUGCUCCAGCAAAGAGACCAUCUCUCAUUCUUGCCUACAUUUCUGGUUUCGUUGCUAGAGGUGACUCUAUUCUCAUUACUACCUUUAUUACAUUGUGGGUCUCUCAACAAAUGAUUGACAUUCAUGAUUCAUCCAAGGCAGAUGCUACUGCUAGAGGUGGUACUAUUUCUGGUAUUUGUCAAACUUUUGCUCUCAUUGCUGCUCCAUUUGUUGGUAUUUUUGCUGACUUGAGAUUUAGAAGAAAGAAGAAUCAAGAUGUUGAACAACAACCUGAACAAGAGGAUGAUUUCAAGACUGAUUUUGUUAGAAAAAUGUCGAGAUUGAUUGUUAUGGCAAUUGUCUCUGCAAUUUCAGGUGUUGGUUAUACCAUGUUAUCUUUCCUCACUGAUGUCACUGGUGGUUUUGUCUAUUUACCAAUUGCAUUGAUUGGUAUUGGUGAAAUUGGUGUCAUUAUUUGUUCUCAAAUCCUUGUCACUGCUGAAUCACCAAGUAAGGUCAGAGGUAGCGUAAGUGGUAUCUUUACUCUCUUUGGUGCUGCUGGUAUUUUAGUGGCCACAAAGGUUGGUGGAUAUUUAUUCGAUGAUUGGAAACCAAGUGGUCCAUUCCUUUUCUAUGGAGUUCUCAAUUUUGCAUUAUUUAUUAUUUCUAUCGGUUUCAUUAUUGCCCAUGUUAUUUACAGGUUCAAGGUUGGUAGAAACUCCAAUAAAGGAGUUGACCUUAAGUAAAAACAUAAAAUUAACUUAUUGAAUCAAAA